UUCCGCGCGCCAGAAAAAAUUCCGCGCGCGCAAGAAAAGGGUUUUGACACUAACGGCGUUCCAUAGUUACUCUACUCUAUGUGACUCUAUAGUUCGACUCGAUUUUGAGUUAUCAUCCUCCUAACCUCACUUUAAAUUCUCUGUUGUUUAUUUAAUCCUCGCCCAGUUAUAUUGGACCGUUCGUUCUUCUUUGUGCGAAUUUCAAGUAGUUUUCAUCAUGCCGUCGGCCGAGAUUAUUCCUACUAAAGUUAUUGUCCAUCCACUCGUGCUUUUAAGUGCUGUAGAUCAUUUCAAUCGCAUGGGAAAAAUUGGAAGCCACAGUAGAGUCGUAGGUAUACUGCUAGGAUCUUGGAAACCGAAAGGAGAGUUGGACGUUUCUAACAGUUUCGCAGUUCCAUUUGAUGAGGAUGAAAAGGAUAAAUCUGUCUGGUACUUGGAUCAUGACUAUUUGGAGAAUAUGUACGGCAUGUUCAAAAAAGUUAAUGCACGUGAGAAAGUCGUUGGAUGGUAUCAUACAGGACCAAAACUGUGUCAAAAUGAUGUUGCAAUCAAUGAACUCAUUCGCAAAUACUGUCCUAACUCUAUCCUUGUUAUCAUUGAUGUAAAACCACGAGACCUAGGCCUUCCAACUGAAGCAUAUCGAGCCAUUGAAGAGGUUCAUGAUGAUGGAACACCAACGUCAAGGACAUUUGAACAUGUACCAAGUGAAAUGGGAGCAGAAGAGACAGAAGAAGUUGGAGUAGAACAUUUAUUACGUGACAUCAAAGAUACAACCGUAGGCACUUUGAGUCAACGGAUAACUGGGCAGCUUAUGGGAUUAAAAGGACUUCAAAGCCAAAUUACAGACAUUAGAAAUUAUCUAGAGCAAGUUGUAGAAGGAAAAUUACCGAUGAAUCAUCAAAUUGUCUAUCAGCUGCAAGAUGUAUUCAAUCUAUUACCUGAUGUUUCUAAACCCAACUUUGUGGACUCGCUUUAUGUUAAAACCAAUGAUCAAAUGCUGGUUCUCUACUUGGCAUCAUUAAUUAGGUCAAUAAUUGCUCUACAUAAUCUAAUUAAUAACAAGUUAACAAACAGAGAUGCAGAGAAGAAAGAGGGAAAGAAACCGGAAGAAAAGAAGGAAGAACCUGUCAAAGAAGAGAAAAAAGAUGUCAAAGCCAAAUAAAUUUUCUUACGUUUUUCGUAUUUUUGAGUUUUGAUUUGUUUUGAGACUUGCCUUAGCCACUAAGUUUUCUUGGGUCUCAGCAGUGCAUGCAAGUCUACUACACUUGGUACAAGAAUCAAGAUAAUCGUUAAUUUUUGUGUACAGUAUAAAAUAAAAAAGAUGUAUUUAUAAUUG